CUGUUUUAUCCAGAUUUUAAUGGCGACCAACUUGAACUUCAAGGACUUCGGAAAUAACCAGCCGCCACAAGCAGCGGACGGCGGUGGGAUUACUCUGUUAAGUAGACAGUCAUCAAUCUAUUCUCUAACCUUGGAUGAGCUUCAAAGCACUAUGGGUGGCACAGGCAAAGAUUUUGGGUCGAUGAAUAUGGAUGAGUUAUUGAGGAACAUUUGGAGCGCUGAAGAAACGCAAACAUUGGCUUCUGCCGGUGGUGGCCUAGACGGAAAUGGAGGGUUACGAAGGCAAGAGUCCCUGACUUUGCCCAGGACACUUAGCCAGAAGACUGUAGAUGAAGUUUGGAAAAAUAUUUCGAAGGAGUAUUCCAUAGGGAAAGAUGGGAUUGGAGCCGCAUGGACUAAUGAUAAUAUGCCUCAAAGGCAGCAAACUUUAGGGGAGAUGACUUUGGAAGAGUUUUUGGCGAGGGCCGGUGUGGUAAGAGAGGGCGCCCAAUUUUCUGGGAAGGUCAAUGAUGUUAAUGGAGGGUUCUUUGAUGGGUUUCAAAAUGGUGGUAGAGGUCCAAAUUUGAUGGGGAAUAGGAUUUCUGAAGGUGGUAAUCAAAUUGGAUUUCACGCUUCCAAUUUGCCUUUCAAUGUUAAUGGAGUUAACUCAAACAACCACCACUUAGCUCAGCAGCAAACUCAGCAUAUUCACCAGCAGCAGCAGCAGCAGCAGCUGCACCAGCAACCGAUUUUUCCUAAACCUGUUGUAGGAUUUGGAUCUCAAUUGGGGAGUCCUGGAAAUAGAGGUGGAACUACUGGGAUUGGAGAUCAUGGGCUGGGCAAUGGUCUUAUACAGGGUGGACGGUUGGGGAUGGUUGGCUUAGGAGGACCAGUCGGGGUCCCUACCGGAUCACCGGCUAACCAGCUAGCAUCGAAUGGGAUCGGGAAGAGUAGCGCGGAUAAUUCGUCUAUCUCGCCGGUUCCUUAUGUGAUUAAUGGAAGUUUGAGGGGUAGGAAAUCCAGUGCAGUUGAAAAGGUUGCUGAGAGGAGGCAAAGGAGAAUGAUCAAGAACAGAGAAUCCGCUGCAAGAUCUCGAGCUCGCAAGCAGGCUUAUACAACGGAACUAGAAGAAGAAGUCGCGAAGCUAAAAGAGGAGAACGAAGAAUUGCAGAAGCAAAACGCAGAAAAAAUGGAAAUGCAGAAAAAUCAGGUCAUGGAGACAAUGAACAUGCAACAAGGAGCUAAGAAGCGAUCCUUGCGAAGAACAGCCACGGGUCCAUGGUGAACUGAAAACAUAGUGAUAUAUUGGUCAUUAGAUGGUUGUAGAUAUUUAAGUCAUAGGGUACUUUGUUGGGUCUUCCUUUAGAUUUGGAUUGAUGAAUUAGU